AUGUUGGGUGACAAGAAGAAGUCGAGCCGCAGGUUGUCGAGUAUUUUUUCCAUAGGCUCGUCGUCGGAGUCGCAGGACAGCAAAAGUAGCGGCACCAAGAUCUCCUCCGUCCCUUCGUCCGAGUCGAGCGGUGGACGAUUAACCAAGGUCAAGAAGCGCAUGACCUCUGGAACGCAUCUGACGCCCGAAUCCGCCCAACAGCAGACAGCAGCCGCACCGGCACACAAUGCCUCCCUCUCGCCGCCCAGCAGUCAGUCGGUACCGCCGGUACCACCGGUAGAGCCGGCUGCUUCUCUCCCGCCCGUAAAGCCCCUCGAGUCCCUUGAGCCUCCUGAGCCCCUCGAGCCCCCACCACCCCUCCAAGUACCGUCCCGCAGCUCGUCGCCGUACAACAGCAGGCCUGGCACACCCAGCGGCGAUGCGGGCUCCGAGGGCAAUCUCAAGAAACUGAGGCGCAAGAGUAGGCUUUUUGGAGGGAGCCAGGGCGGCAGUGAGAAUGAGUCUCUUUCAAUGGCAGCGCGUCCAAAGAGCAGCCCUCUGGCAUGGAUUGUCGGGCACAAGGGCAAGGUCGCGUACAGCCUGACGACGCUGCUAAACGGCGAGCCGGUUCCCGAGCUCUGGGAUGACGCAGGCGACACGCUUGUCUACCUCUUUCCUCGCACAUCGAACAAAGGCCCCUCCUUCCGCAUCGACUCUUCCGUCUACGCAUCCUCACAGGCCCUCACCCGUCUGGUCCAUGGCCGUCUCUACAGCGACGCCCAGACUGCGCCGCCCUUCGACCUCGCCGCUAUCGACCGCCCAUCACGGCCUGCCUCGCCGGAUCAGAGCCAGAUUGGAAGCUCGGAUGGGUCCAAGGGUUCGAGGGCGCUCAGUGAUGCUGUCGAAGACGACCACACAGAGAAGCACCUGUACAUGCCCAUUGCCCUCAGCUCCGACUUGGCCUUCACUCCCCAAGAGCCCCAGCUCAACGCCCAGGACACGGACACGUUAGUCGCCUAUCGCAACUUCUUCGCAUUUCUCAUCGGCCAGUCCUUGGUGGCGACGGAGCGUCAUCCGCAUAUUUUCGACAUAUUCCUGCGCAUAGCAGACAUUCUCUCCCACUAUGCCUUCUCCAACGUCGACGGUUCAACCUAUGGCGAGGUGGCUGCCUCCAGCUUUGACUGCUACGUGGAUGAGCUGGCCCUUGCAGACGUCAGGCAUAGCCGGGAGAAGACGCUUGAGGCCAUCGUGCUGGGCGAAAAGAUGCGUUCCAUGUCCCUGUAUACAGAAGGUUUUGUUCACGCUGCGGGCAAGUAUGAGAGCAUCAAAGAACUCGCCUCUCCGAAACACGACAUGAUAAGCCCCAAGACUGCGACACGACUGGCCCGCGCUGCCAUGGACCUGGAAAACCGAGAAGCCGCAAUCAAUGGGAAGCUCAAGGACUUCGAGUUUCCAAAUAUCUUUGCAGGCAUCAUGAAUAGUGCAAUGGCUAGCGAGGGUAAAAUCAUCAGCUUCAAGAAAUGGCGGUCAGCAUUCGGGACCACGAGGUCGUUUGUGAUCGAUUACUACAAGAAUAAAUACGGUUCCUGGCUUCCCAAGGCAAGUUCGAAGAAGAAUACCUUGACAACAAGUGGUCUCAACCGCUUGGUCUUGCUAGACAUUUACCGUGACAUGUCUGACCUGUACGACCUUCUUGUCGAUAGAAAGAACCUCACGAAUCGCACCGCAGAUGGAUUCUUAGCUGAAGAGGAGGACAUGGACGUCGAGUCUGUCGUUCAGCGCGCGAUGAGAAAAGUGCUCAGUGAAUAUGAUCGCAGUACGCCUCCAGUGCAACCGCCCAUUCCCUUCGAUCUACCAUUGUAUCCCACAUCACCAGCCGCCAAAACCGGCGACAAAAAGAAGGACGCAAAAGCGCGUUCCAAGAGGCUGCACAAGGACGAGGUUGCAAAGUUGCUCAAAGAGGCGCAUAAUGUGGAUGCUGACCAAAAGACACCAUUUCUGGAAGCGUUUCGACAAUUCGAGUUCAAGCAAGCUGUUGGCGGUAGCAUUGAGGACUUGUGGGAUCUCCGAGCGGGACAGUGGCUGCUCCUGUAUGCCAUCAUUCAAUCGUUGCCUCUGCUGGUCAUCGACGCUCCCGGGGUCCGCUUCACUGAAGGUGUAGAAUACUUCUUGUGUGAAGUCCCGCGAAGUGGUGUGCCAUGGGGGCGCGAAGACACCACACGAACACGGACCUGGUUUGGUGUCGCGGGAGGAGCCCAAGUUGUCAGCCUACCCACUGACAUUGUCGAGCACGGUGUGGAGGGUGUCUUCCGCCGAUCUCACUGCUGGAAGAAAGCACAGCAAUGGUCGGCAAGCGAUACGGUUUUGACUGCCGCCAUGCAAGAAUUGAAUGCGAACGCAUCACCACUGGCACCUCCGCCGGGCCUACUUGAUCCCUCAACAGCAGGGGGUCAAUCACGAUCGCAUAGCCCCGACAGUCGCCGGGAGAGUGUCAUGAACCUGGGAUUAGAAGCUCUUCCCUUGCCACCUGGCGUUGCACCGCCAUCUGCUAAUUCGCCCAUGUUGAGACCUGCGUCUGCCAGUGACCCAACCAAAACUUUUGACGCAAUCCUCGGUAUCAGUGCCGCACCUCCGAGCCCAAAGUCCAAGAAGAAGAACAAAAAAUGA